CCUGUCUUCUGACUAUCGGCUUUCCAUCCAAGUGUCCACGUGGCAACUGUCUCCACAAAUAAGUAGCCCUCGCUCCUCGUCGUUCUCCAACUCCAGCCCCUUCAGGCUUCUAAAUCUCAAUUUUCUCUUCUUUUCCCCUUUUUAAUUGGGGGCAUUUUAGAGUGUAUUACAUAACUAAAAAUUACAAAAUUUCCACAAUUUCUUCUCCAAAUUUACGUUUCGAUUUGUUGAAUUUGGGGCCUGCGUUAGGUUAUUAGCGUCCGUUCUCUUGUUUUUUUAAUUGCGAGAGAUCCAAUUAGGGCUAGGGUUAGGGUUUUCUAAAAGGGGAAAUGGAGAAGAAGAAGGUGGCGGUUCCUUUAGUCUGCCAUGGCCAUUCUCGACCCGUGGUGGAUUUGUUCUAUAGUCCGGUUACUCCCGAUGGUUUCUUUCUCAUCAGCGCCAGCAAAGAUUCGAGUCCCAUGCUGAGAAAUGGGGAGACUGGGGAUUGGAUUGGAACGUUUGAAGGGCAUAAAGGUGCAGUCUGGAGUUGCUGUUUGGAUACCAAUGCCCUGAGAGCUGCUACGGGCUCGGCCGAUUUUUCAGCGAAAAUAUGGGAUGCCUUAACUGGUGAUGUAUUACACUCAUUUGAACACAAACAUAUUGUCCGUGCAUGUGCCUUUUCAGAGGAUACAAAGUUUCUGCUUACUGGUGGAAUUGAAAAAGUUUUACGUAUAUUUGAUUUGAAUCGCUUUGAUGCACCACCUCGCGAAAUUGAUAAAUCUCCUGGCUCGGUGAGAACUGUGGCCUGGCUUCAUAGUGACCAAACAAUUUUAAGUUCUUGCACUGAUAUGGGGGGCGUGAGGUUAUGGGAUGUAAGAAGUGGAAAAAUUGUCCAAACCCUUGAGACUAAGUCACCUGUCACCAGCACUGAAGUUAGUCAAGAUGGGCGGUACAUCACAACUGCUGAUGGUUCAACUGUUAAGUUUUGGGAUGCAAAUCAUUUUGGACUUAUCAAAAGCCACAACAUGCCAUGCACUGUAGAAUCUGCUUCACUCGAACCCAAGUAUGGAAACAAAUUCGUUGCUGGAGGCGAAGACAUGUGGGUUCACAUUUUUGAUUUCCACACUGGUGAAGAAAUUGGUUGUAACAAAGGUCACCACGGUCCUGUUCACUGUGUGCGCUUUUCUCCUGGAGGUGAAUCUUAUGCAUCAGGAUCUGAGGAUGGAACCAUAAGAAUAUGGCAAACAGGUCCACUCACCACUGGUGAGAAUGAUGCUAAUAUUAGUGCCAAUGGAUCAGCCGAUAAGGUAAAGUUCGGAGUAAAUGACGUGUCUCACAAAAUUGAGGGCUUCCACAUUAAAGAAGGGCAGGCAGAAGAAAAGGGAGAUCCCGCUGCGGAGCCUUGAUGUUAGAUUUUAGUUGAAAAAUAAACAGGUCGAAAUUUUUCAAAGGAGCAUGUGAUUUAAGGCUCCUGUUUUGAUGUUUGUCCUGUCUGUGUCUUCAUAGUAUGUUCUGGGGAGAAUCAUCAGCGGUUAAAGUUUGUAAACGGGCCGACUAUGGUUCUUAAUAGUUCUGAAAAUCUUACGCUUGUUCUAUGUGUGAUGCCAUUGUUCAAGCUUGUUUUGUUCCUCUUGUUAUGAGUAACUGUGAGGUCACUGUUAUCAAGGAUAUCAAGAUGUUGCAUCAGCUUUACUC